AUGAAAUCUCGUGAAUCGAAAGUAAAGAUAUCGUGGUGUUUUAAUUGUCGCAAGAAACCGCAAACCAUGGACUCAGAUUUAAGUGAUCAAGAAACAGAAAAUCAUACAAAAUAUUUGGAAGAAUUGGUGACAGAACAAAACAUCGAAGGCAAGUCGAAAAAUUCUUUUUUAAUUUGUUGUUGCGAUUCAUAGAUAAUUCCAUAUUUUGUAAAGAAUAUCAAUGAUUUAAUUUAUUUGCACGUUUACAAAACAUGUAAAUUUCGUUGAUUGUAAAUAUUAUCUUUUUCUAUUAUUUUAUAAUAAUAUCAAAAAUAUAUAUAUGAGUGAUGAUAUAUAAUUGUAUCUUUCGAAAGAUCCAAGUUAGAUUACUCGUGUAAAUUUAUCGAUGACAUACAUAUGUAAGUAUACAUAUCUUUCUAAUAAAAAUGAUAAGUAUACAUAACGUUGUACAUAAGUAUUUACAUAUUUUAUUUUAAUUAUAGCUUUUAUAGAAGAGAACAUUUUUAAUUAUUUCUUACAUUUUAUUACGUUCAAUAUUUUAUUUACACUUAAAUAAAAUCUUUUAUUUCAAUCGAUUUUUAAUUUAAGGUGAUUUAUUGUUUUUAAAAUAUAAAAUAACCUUUCGUGUUUAAUGGAUUACAUCGAUAAAACCGGACAGUUAACAUUUCCAUUUUUUAAAACAUUAUUUCUAGUUUUAACAUAUAAUCAACAUUUUUAUAUUUCAAAAUAUCGUUUUAUAAAAAAUGAAUGCCAUUACUAAAUUAGCUAACUUAACGAAAUAAUUUUUUUUGUUUUAAUUAGCGAUUAAACAUAACAGUUAGAAAACAAUGUAUAUUACAUGUAUAUUAAAUAUAUGUAUUACUACAUUGUCUAUCAGAAAUUGCAAAAAUUAUCUAAAUUUCUAAAUUAAUCUAAAACAAUUUUAUUUUACAAAUUCUUUCAUAAAUUAUGAAAAAAAUAGUGAAACAUAGAUUAGAUUACAUUUUCUGAUAAAAUAAAAUCUAUUUGAAAUUGCACAAUGAUUACAUACCUAUCUCGAUGAUAUGAACGUUUUCUGAUUUCUCAGCCAAUAUAGUCAAUUCCUAAAAGAAAACAUAAUUUGAAAAUAUAUUUAAAACGAAAUUGUAUGGUAAAAAUCUCCUAAGUUAUGACAAUUGUUAUCUUUUUAACAAAUCGCAGUUCUUGAAUCUUAGUAAUUAUUGCAGCAAGAUUAAUUCACGAAUUAUUCGAGAAGAAUCGCAUCAAUAAUAUCUUUGAUAAUACGAAUUUCUCGUACGAAGGAUUUACGAAAUGUCUUACGUUAUAGAAUUAUAAAAUUUCAUACAGCUUUUGAAAAUUUUCAUUGAUGAUUGUCUGGAUUUCUUGAAAUUUCGAGUGAGAUAUCUUUUUUUCAAAAAACCGGUCUCUAAAGUUCGUUUUAUAACAAAAUCAAGAGUGACUUGCAUGUUCUGUAUUUUUUGCGUAAUUCCUUAACGCGUGAGUCACUAUAAAUCAGACUUAAAACUCAUGCGCCUGUAGCAACUAUAUAACAGAUGGCGGUAAACGAACCAAGUAGGCGUCAGUUCGUUCUUGUGUUUUAGACGUGAGGACGUAAGAAAUUGUUCGGCUAGAUACGAUAGCUAACGGAGACCUAACGUUCUCCAAAAAGGAAAACCAUUACAUUUUACAUUCCUCUGUAACAUUUCAAACCGGUAAAGCGCAACGAUGGCACCUAUUGGUAAGUAGAGUUAUAGCUCGAAUCGGUUAUUGCAUAAUUUUUUAUUUUUUCUUCACUUCGUGACCAAUCUUACCUUUGCUUUAUUCGCGUCUCGGCAAGUUGCGAAGAUAUUCUCCGGUGGUUCUGACAAUUUUACCAGGUGUUUCACUAGACCCAGACCAAGUCCACGAUUGCAACCAGUGAUUAAGAUAGACCUCAUUUCGUAUCGUGACUUUCUUUCGGGAUAUAUUUUUUCCGCUUAUGUCGUUGCUCGAACACGCUGUACCUCGUGAAAAAUUUUAUCAUAUAUUCUGAAACACGAGUGUCAUCAGGGUGACGUCACGUGGCCGUGAUCGGCUGGCAAUAAUCAUGGCGACGUUAACGCUGCUCGCGAGGAUUGUCACAUUCCGUUCCGCUCACGCAAAAUUGCUCGAGUUCUCAUGGCCUAGAUGUAAUGCUUUUCCUUAUGGAAGAACAACAAUGGCUUGCAUGUGCUGUGAGUGUCAGGAUUCCAUGAUUUGUAAUUGUGAACACGCCUUGAUUUUAUUGACAUUGCGUAAAAUCUAUGUAUACCGUUGACAAUCUGUUAUUAGACCGGUCAGGUUAAAAAUAGUUGGAUUUAUAAUUCACGAUUCAAUAAUUUGUUUGUCAGCUCCAUUAAUGUGUACGUAAUUUAAUUGGUAGUUUUAUUUGCGAAUAUUACCUUAUCAAGGUAAGGUAGUUUCAGUUUAGUAAUAAUACAAGUGUUGCAUAACCUUAUUCUCAUGAUCAUAUAGUUUUUAUACAACUGGAAAAUUUAGAUAUAUUUAAAUUCUUGAGAUAUGCUCAAAUAUACAAAUAUUUUGCAAUAAUCAAUAUUGAAAAUUCGAGUAUUGUUCAUUUUAUUGGGAAUUUAUUGGUUAUGUUUGCAGCUGAUCAAAAAUUCAUGUACGAUCUACUUGUUAUUGGCGGUGGAUCAGGAGGUUUAGCAGCAGCCAAAGAAGCAGUGAAUUUAGGUGCAAAAGUUGCAGUUCUAGAUUUUGUCACACCAUCUCCAAGAGGUACUACUUGGGGCUUAGGUGGCACUUGUGUAAAUGUUGGUUGCAUACCAAAAAAGUUAAUGCAUCAAGCUGCUUUGUUAGGAGAAGCAAUCCAUGAAUCAGCAGCUUAUGGUUGGCAGGUACCAGAUCCAAAGACCAUUAAGAAUGACUGGCAAGCAUUAACAACAGCAGUACAAAAUCAUAUAAAAUCUGUGAACUGGGUUACUCGAGUAGAGCUUAGAACAAAGAAAAUCGAAUACUUCAAUGCACUUGGUUAUUUUAAAGAUGAACAUACGAUAUGCGGGAAGAUGAAAAAUGGAGAAGAAAAAUUGUUCACGGCAAAGAAUAUCUUGAUUGCUGUGGGUGGUAGGCCAAGGUAUCCUGAUAUUCCUGGUGCUUUAGAACAUGGUAUAAGCAGUGAUGAUAUCUUUAGUUUGAAGAAAGCUCCAGGGAAAACGCUUGUUAUUGAUAUCGGUUUGGAGUGCGCUGGUUUUUUGAAUAGUUUAGGUUAUGAUGCAACUGUAAUAGUACGUUCGAUUGUGUUACGAGGAUUUGAUCAGCAAAUGGCUAAUACUGUUGCUCAAGAAAUGGAGGGACGUGGUGUACAUUUUAUUUAUCAAGCUAAGCCAUCGAAAAUUGAAAAGCAAAGCGAUGGUCGACUUAUUGUACAUUGGGUAGAUAAGGAAAGACAAACGCAUCAAGAUAUUUUCGAUACUGUUCUCUUCGCUAUUGGCCGCAAACCGCUUACAGAAGAAUUAAAACCAGAAAACAUUGGCCUUCAACUUAUUCCUGAAACUGCAAAAAUAGAUGCAAUAGAUGAACAAACGAAUAUUAAAAAUGUGUAUGCUGUUGGUGAUGUGCUUCAUAAAAAGCCAGAACUAACCCCUGUUGCCAUACAUGCGGGUCGAUUAUUAGCAAGAAGAUUGUUCGGAAACUCAACGGAACAAAUGGACUACGUAAACGUAGCGACAACAGUAUUCAGUCCUCUAGAAUAUGGUUCUGUUGGUCUCAGCGAAGAAGCUGCGAUUGCUAUUCAUGGAGAAGACAAAAUAGAAAUUUACCAUGCAUAUUAUAAACCAACGGAAUUCUUCAUCCCACAGAAAGAUGUUUCUAAUUGCUAUAUAAAAGUAGUUGCAUUUAGAAACGGUGAUCAAAGAGUGCUUGGUAUGCAUUUUAUUGGUCCCAAUGCUGGUGAAGUAAUCCAAGGUUUUGCCGCUGCUAUUAAAUGUAACUUAACAUUCCCAAAACUAAAGGAUACAGUUGGAAUUCAUCCAACGGUAGCAGAAGAGUUUACACGUAUAUCUGUAACCAAACGUUCUGGACUCGAUCCUAAGCCACAAAGCUGCUGCAGUUAAAAUAUACGUAUUAUUAGAUUUGUUACAUUGCUAAUAUUUGUGGAUAUUUCAAAGUAUGAUAGACGAUAAACCUUUUUUAUGCUAUUGCAUUGAUCAUUGGGUCUGGAAUUAAUUUUCUGAGCGGAAUUCCAUUAACGGGGAUAUAUUUUUUAUGAAGCACAAGUAGGAGAGAAUUUUUAAAAUAUUACAUUUAUAAUAUGAAAUUACAAACCAUUGUACCAUAUGAAAAAUUUGCUUCUUUGAAGUACUAGGGAUUGAUGCAACCUGUUAAAUCAAGGAAAUAACCUGUAUUGUUAUACUUAUAGUAAUUUUUAUAAAUACAAUAUUUUCAGAUUAGUAUAUCCUCUGUAUACACAUUCGACUUAAAGUCGACGAAAUAAAAAUAAUGUGAAUAUACAUAUAUUGUUUUAAUUUAAUUAACAAGUAAAAUAAUUGAUAACUUCAAUAAGUUUUGUUUCAAUAAGUAUUGUUUUUAUUUUAUCGAUUCAUCAUCGUGCUAUACGAGUUGUGAGAUUGCUCAAAAAUAUGUCUUGAGUAUUUCUUCAACUUCAAUUAUAUAUGAUCAUUUUUUUACUCUCAGGUAUUUGUGAUGCAAUUGCACGUAAUAAUACAUGA